CAUCUGUCAAAGCCCACAUUUAAACUGCUGCUUGCCUGUGCAGCAGCUGAAGAACUACGGAAUGGAUUUUAUAGACCAGAAUCCUCAGUUAAAUCAGCUCAAACCCAUUUCUAUUACUGCCUAGCAACAAUGAAGGAAGGAAUAGAGGGAAAUCCUAUUACUGAAGGCAACUGAACCACUACACACUAGCACUCCCUGCUAACAUUACCAUUAGAAAUAUGGAUACUGAGGGGAAGAGAACACAGCACUGCAUUGUCCGACAAGGGAAACACCAGAUGUAAAAGCUCCAAUACAUCGGCCGUGAAUGCCAGACAGCCCCGAUCAGAACAGAAACGAGAACUACUGUCCUUUUGUUUGAAGGAUGAACAAAAAGCCCCAAGACAAGGACAACACUUAUAAGCAAGGAAGGUAACACAGCAACGAGCAGACAGAUGGACAGAUUGGAUACUGUGAAAAGCAAUCGCAGGAAGCAGACUGUUGGGGGAUGUGCGCAUGUUCGAUAGCAUCAUUUUUGCUGAAGUGAUGGCGUGCCAAAACUAUUUUCUGUGGGUAUAAUCCUCGCACCAUCAAUGGCCUGACCAAGGAAGAGUGAGCCAUUUGCAGACAAUUACGACAUGAACAAAAGAAAAUGAAUACCAAAGAAUAGCAGUGGAUUCAAAACCAAUCGGAAGAGCAUUUUGCCUGUCCAUUGUCUCAUAUCCCAUCAUUGGAUUUUUACAACAUGCUUCAGUGGAGAAGACGACACUGCUGCUUUGCAAAGAUGACCUGGAAUACCAAAAGGUCUCUGUUUCGUACCCAUCUCAUUGGUCUCAUCUCUCUUGUAUUUCUUUUUGCUAUGUUUUUGUUUUUUAACCAUCAUGACUGGCUGCCAGGCAGGGCUGGAUUCAAAGAAAAUCCCAUGGCUUACACUAUACGAGGAUUUAGAUCUACAAAAAGUGAGACAAACCACAGCUCUCUAAGGAAUGCUUGGAAAGACACCGUACCUCAGACGCUCAGGCCUCAAACAGUCACAAACUCCAACAACACAGAUCUGUCACCACAGGGAGUAACCGGUUUGGAAAAUACCCUCAGUGCUAAUGGAAGUAUUUAUGAGAAAGGCACUGGGCAUCCGACUUCAUAUCAUUUCAAAUAUAUCAUCAAUGAGCCUGAGAAGUGUCAGGAGAAGACUCCUUUUCUAAUACUGCUCAUAGCUGCAGAGCCAGGCCAGGUGGAAGCUAGACAAGCUAUUCGACAAACUUGGGGUAACGAAAGCCUGACACCUGGCAUCCAAAUUAUCCGUAUUUUUUUGCUGGGGUUGAACAUCAAGAUAAAUGGGUACCUCCAGCGUACCAUACUAGAGGAAAGCAGACAGUAUCAUGACAUCAUUCAACAAGAAUACUUAGACACCUACUAUAAUUUAACCAUUAAAACUCUGAUGGGAAUGAACUGGGUUGCAUCUUACUGUCCACAUGUUCCAUAUGUUAUGAAAACUGACAGUGAUAUGUUUGUCAAUACUGAAUAUUUAAUACAUAAGCUUCUGAAACCAGAACUUCCUCCAAGGCACAAGUAUUUUACAGGUUAUUUAAUGAGAGGUUAUGCACCUAAUAGGAACAAGGAUAGUAAGUGGUAUAUGCCACCUGAUUUGUAUCCAAGUGAACGUUAUCCUGUAUUCUGCUCUGGAACUGGUUAUGUUUUUUCUGGAGAUUUAGCAGAAAAAAUCUUCAAAGUCUCCUUAAGCAUCAGACGUUUACAUUUAGAGGAUGUAUACGUGGGGAUCUGUCUUGCCAAGCUGCGAAUUGACCCUAUGCCUCCACCCAACGAGUUUGUCUUCAAUCACUGGCGAGUUUCUUACUCUAGCUGUAAAUAUAGCCACCUAAUUACCUCCCAUCAGUUCCAACCUAGUGAACUGAUCAAAUACUGGAACCACUUACAACAAAAUAAGCACAAUGCCUGUGCCAAUGCAGCAAAAGAAAAAGCAGGCAGGUAUCGCCAUCGUAAACUGCACUAGAAGGAUAAUGCUCCCUCUUGUCAAACGUACUCCAUGUGCAAUUUGUAAAUACCGCUGAACGCAUGUACAGUGAAAAUGGAUGAGCUUAAUGGGACAGCCUUUAGUUGAUCCCCAUCACAUAGUGGAGUCUGAAAAUUAUUUUUUUAAGUUAAAAAAAGUAUAGCUCUUGAUAACAUUAAUAUUAUGAAACUACAACCAAAAGGUUUUCCCAGCAAAUUUGAGGACAAAAGAUGAUGGUAUAUAAGGAUCUUUGUGUUAAUGUGCAGUAAUAAGCAUGCACACUUUGGUGGUACAAUUGCUGAUUUAUGUGCCAAUAAAAUAUAAUUGAGCAUAUUUUCCACACUAAAAUUUUAUUUUUAAAAAAUUAAUUCAUAGUUCUAGUUCUCUUCAGUAUAAUGAUUUCUUGUUAUCUAGAAUUGCUACAAAAUGAAAAAUUUAAAACUAUGGAAAUGCACAAAGGGCAGUUCAGUUUCACCUUCAAAUGCCACAUUAAAAUUAUUUAAUGUACAAUACAUGUCACAAUGUCACGUUUACAAUUUAGUAAGACAUUACCAUGAACUCCUAAUCACUAAGUACUCCCUUAAAGUAGGUACUGUUUGAGGAAGGUUGCUUAUUUUGGUUAGGAAGUAGGGAUAAAUGAAAUCAAAGUUCAGAAGACUGACACUUUGUACAUCACCUUCAGAAAUGCAAGUGGUGUACUAGAUUCAACUAGAUUCUCUUCAAAGAGCUGACUAAAAGUUACUUAAUUCUCUAGAAGUCUAGAGCUCCUAAAAUCUGGCGCCAAGUAACAUUCAUCUUGGCAUCUUCAUGCAAAUUCAUUUAAUCUGCUAUUAAUUUCCUUACAUAACUUCAAGGUAACUCAAAGGCUGAUCAGAAAUGCAAACCAGAACUUCAAGGCCUUCAUCAUAGUCUCGAACAUGUUCCAUUUUGUGGAAAGAGGGAGAAAACAAACCACAUGGUUGUCGAUUUUGCUCUUUCCAGCCUGCUAAAAAAAGAAGUCAAGUGAAAACAGAUCUGUUAAAUAAAGCCACACACCUUACUUUAUAGGUGGGAAAGACUAAGUCAUAAGAUUGUGAGUUCCACUUCACAAUAUGGGCAGGAACAAAAUCUAAGCAAUUUUAAAAAUUAAAGCCACAACAUGUACCACUGAAAAUGAAUUCUGAGAAGUAGGUUAGAUCUAUUCACAGGUUUCCAGUUUUCUAUCAAACAGAACUUUCAAAGCUUAUCUUCCAACAGAGUUAUAGCAGAGUUGUAUCAGAAUCAAGUUAUUACUGUUUGUCACAGUGCCAGGGUAAGCAGUACCCACCUCUGAUUUCGCAGCAAAUGAUGGAACUGUGAUUAGCUUUCCAUUUGACUGGGACUUUUUAAUUGGAUAAGAUACAAAUAUUUGAUGUACUUUUAUUAUUAUUUAAUAAAAUGGAUUAUAUUUAUGGUCUUCAGAUUUCACUUUUCAUGGGAAAGCUGCUCAGGAAGAAAAUUUCUAGCUUUAGCACUACUUGACUUUUCUAGAGUUCCCUAGUUCUUAAAACCUAGUUUUCAUACCAUGCACAACACACAGAUCACAGCAGUUUUUUUUUUCUUUGUAACAAGAUGACAAAUAUUACUGAGCACUCUGAGCAACUGUAAAGAUGUUUGUAUGCAGGAACUUAUAUACAUGAACAGACUUUAUUGCACUGCACUAGCCCUCUGAAGAAAUUCUAGGAGCUCCUAUUGAAGAUAGGAAUGCAAAUUUACUCAUCACCAUUUCUACAUGAUCCUCCACUAAAUUUUGUUAUCUGCUGUAUUUGAGGUAUGAGAAUUAUACAUUUAUGCAUUUCCAAGAUACCUCAAGUUCUAGAAAUAUUAAUUUCUGGGGAAAGUAAAUGUGUAAAAAUAAUAUCUCUCUGUAUAAGAGAUUUCUCUAACUAGAUUGAAAGUGCAUCCAAUUAGUUUAUGUGAUGACUAUUGGUGUUCAUGUGACACAGAGAUGCAAGUUGCAUUCGAAGUAGACUUUAGGAGUGUUCUUUCAGCACCCAUUUGUAGUUUUCUUCACACUCAACCUGACUGCUUCCUUCUAGCUAACACAGACCACAGUUAAUAUCCCAGCUGAAAGCCACCUGGCUUAAGCUAAUUAUUACACAAGCUUUGCACAAUGGCGCAAGUUUUAGACAACCAGAGUGAGAGUGGAAAGCCAGGUACUACUCAGAGCUAUUUGGUUCUGGAAGGUGUACAGUCCCGUAAGUGGCCUCUCCCCAAGUAAUGCUGGCCAAGAACACAGUUCAUCCUCUUGGAGGGGACUUUGUGCUGUUCCCUGCCUUUAGCACUUUCAAGCUUGACUGUAAUGUAUUCUACUUGGAUUUUACCAACUCUGGCUAGUUCAAAAUGUCUGGAUAUAGUCCAAGAGGUUAAUAACUAAACCUUAAAUAGUUUGGCACUUGAAUCAUGAAGUUUGGCAGCCAAACCACCUCUUGGGUACUCCACUUUGGAGCUCACACAUGAUGCUGGUCUGUCCAAGCUUGGCAGAAUUAUGGUACAAUGCCUACAAUUUCAGGAUAUCAAACUGCUUGGUAGUCAGAAUACUAGCGAGGAGAUGUUAAAUAUAAAAAGCCAUUUUUAAUGACCUUUUAAGGGUCCAACACCGUUUUUUAAAAUUUUUAAUAAUGUUUGGGUGUAAGUUGGAACUACUCUAUAAAAAUAUUUGAAUCAUCACAAGACAGCCAAAGGCUACUUACAUCGUUUCUAUCCAAGUACUGUUUUCUUCCACAGUUCAUUACAAAGCCUUCAGAAGCAGGAGGGACAGCUUGUACGAUGAAAUAUGCAAUUAUGGAAUGAAAGAUCUACAUUCCAUUCUCUGAAUGUUUUUACUGUUUUCUAGCUUGUAUUUAAGCUAUUUGCUCACUCUACUAGAAUAUACAACAGUUUGUGUUAAAAAUAGUGCAAUAAUUAUUUAUAUCAUUAAAAUCUUUGACAAGUUCUCUCACUUCCUUUCCUUAUAAAGCAAGACAAAAACCUUCAUUUUCAUUAGCAGUGUGAUACUAGCUUAUAUCUAAAAGUCUAACAUGUCUGCAAUGCAGUAAAAAAAAAAAAGGAUAUAGCUAGUUUACUCAUUAUGCAAGCUUCUACACCUCAGUAUUUGCUUUAAAUGUUUUUAAUUCUC